GACUUCUCCUAGGUAGGCGGAGUUAGCGCUCAAUAUCAUAAACGGAUCCCCACCCUUCUACGUAUAAGGCGGAAUUGACGUAUCAACAAAUGGAGCGCUACGCAAAUACUUAGUAAUGUGGUGACUACUCUUUUUCGAGACAUUAUGAUCACACAAUUAGUCAAAAACAGUUUAAAUAUACUUCAAAAUAUAUACUAUCACAGUAUUCAUAAUAUAAUAUUAAUAGUAAGACUUAGUAACUAGCUAGUAGUAGCAAUAAGUUCGACUAUACUAUACAAAAUCAGUACAUCGUUGCUGUAAACACUCACAACAACUUCAGGGUCACGAUCGGACAGUUAGGUAUUAACGGCUUUGACCGACAGAGGGCGGAAGUGUACUAACGCGUGACGUCUAGUUACCCUGAUGCAGUUAAAGUAUCGAAGAAGACAUGGAAACGAUGCUGCUUCUGAUCGCUGCUGCUUCUCGUUAACACUGACUACUGCAACUGCACACUGUCAUGUUUAGAGCGGGGUAAAUAGUUUAAUUGGCAGAAGUGCAACACACCAGCUAUAAGCAGCACUCGUGUCCCCCUACAAGGGGGCACCAGAGCUAUGGCAACUGCACAGUCUGCUUUAACGUUUGCAGUAUGCAUCCUCAUGAUAACAGAGCUGAUACUUGCUAGGAAGGACUUUUAUGAUAUACUGGGAGUGCCUAAAGAUGCAACUGAGCGACAGAUAAAAAAAGCUUUCCACAAGCUUGCAAUGAAACAUCAUCCAGACAAGAACAAGAGCCCAGACGCUGAAGUGAGAUUCAGAGAAAUUGCUGAAGCUUAUGAAACGUUAUCAGAUGAAACCAGAAGAAGAGAAUAUGACCAGUUCGGUGAUACCUCUGAAUACUUCACUGGGGAGACGCCAGGCAGGCAUAGACAGGGUGCUCACCAACCUUUCAGCUUCAACUUUGAUGACAUUUUCAAAGACUUUGACAUCCACAGCCAGAACAGGCAUGCUCGUCAUCGAAGACACUUUGAUGAACAGUCCAGGUCCCACAAGGAGUCCCACAGCAGACAUAAGAGACACUUUCAAGGAGGUUUUGGAGCAGGUGUCUUUGAUGACAUGUACGACGACAUAGAGAAAAUGUUUACCUUUGACAGACACACCAAACAGACUGACAACAGGUUUCAUGGCGCAUCAAAACAACACUGUAGAACAGUGACACAGCGCAGAGGGAAUAUGGUAACCACAUACACAGACUGCACGGCAUCUUAAAUUGCAAUGUAAAAUGACUUCAGAUGCAAAAUUGCCUUAACUGCAUACAAUACUGUUGUAUCGAUUAGGUAACAGUAAGCCACUUGGUUCAAAUGCUGUGACAUUUGAGCAGUGACAUUGACAUCUGAAAUUCAGGCACAGAAUGACAAACGGUGACACUCAGUUUACUUAUCUUAGGUCUAAACUCAGAUAAGCUAUGUUUUGUUCAGAUAUUCCCUGUGUGUGUGUGUGUGUGUGUGUGUGUGUGUGUGUGUUACUCAUGGACUUGUACAUGAUUGUAGUAGUUUUUCACUUGUUGAAAGAAACUCGACAGAGUAUUUUGUCAGUAUUUUAAGCACCUUUAAUAGUGGAAUUUGUUAAGUUUACUGAAUGCUGAAUUUAGUACAGGAAUACUUGUGUGAGUUCAUCACUAGUUCACUCCUUCCAUUCUGUUAUUUUGUACAGUUUCUUUUGUAUAGGUUUUUCCAUUGUGGGUCUCAAAACACUGAAGGUAGAAACAAUAGUCAGUAUAUUUUUGCUUAUGUCAGCAAUGUCAACAAAAGUAUGUGACCCUCCAUAAGUUGGCUGUUAUUUGUGCCACGUCUUGUUGAUAUGUUCAUGUACUCUACACUGCCAGUCACAUUUAUAAGGUGUAAUAGGUAUAAUUAAAUAGAGAAAUGUUUGUGACUCUAUCCUUUCAAUUACAAUUAAGUGAAAAGCCUAUACUGUUCUGUUUGUGUACCUCAUAGUGGCAGAGGACAUCUAGAUUGAAGCCAUUCAUACAAAAAAAGUCAACCAUAUCUGAAUUCUGGAUCAAACUCAAUAUGUUUUAGAUGUAGAGUACGACAUUUAAAUUUUCAAUUACAAUGGUUGAAAUUUAACCAUAAAAUAUAAAUAAAAACCUUUGACUGGCAUGGCAGACAAACUACAAAGAUUGUUCUAUGUGUAAACUAACUUGCAGAUGACCAAUUUAACUGCAAUCUGACCACAGCACAGACAGGUUUUAUUACUUCUAAUUGUGCUUGUGACAAUUUUUUUUUUUUAAUGGAGAGAGUAAACAUUUACAAUAUUGUUGCAGUACAACAAUGCUGAAGAAAUACUGUAUGUAAAAGUACAUACAAGCAUCAAUGUUCUGUACAUUCUAUAAAUGGUGUUGACUAGUUGAUGAAAACCCCAGUAGAUACUGUUUUCCUUACAUAUCAUUUGUUACCUUGUACCUUUAACUCGUCACAGUGACGUUUUCCUUUUGCGUUGUAGUGUGCAAUAUGUAUUUCUGAUAAUGAUAGUGUUGUAAAUAUUCAAUGGCACUUUCAAAUUUGUAUAAAAUGUGUUUUGAGAAAUAAAAAGAGACCAAACUGAA